AUGCUCUCCUCCGCUGUCACCUUUCUUGCGCUGGCGUCGUCGGCCGCGGCCAACUACGGCUACGGCUACGGCUACGGCUCCGGCUCCGGCUCCAACGCCAGCGUGGUCUACAUCACCGAGGUUCACACUGCCUACACCACGUACUGCCCAGCUUCCACUGAGUUGACCUUCAACGGCGUUACCUACACGGCUACUGAGUCCACCACUCUGGUCAUCACCAACUGCCCUUGCACUGUCAUCAAGCCAGUCGUCACGUCAAGCUACGUGGAGUGCACCACCUGCUCUGCGCCGUCUCCAUCUAUCCCGGCCUCCCCUCCCGUUGUCCCAUCUGUCCCGGCUGCACCUCCCGUUGUCCCAUCUGUCCCGGCCGCACCUCCCGUCGUCCCAUCUGCUCCGUCUCCAGUGUACCCGACCGCUACCCCCGUCGUUCCUGUGUACCCCACCAGCAACUCCACCGCCGUUGUCCCAACCACUCCCCCCGCGGGAACCGGCGCUUUGUCGAUUCCUUCGAUUCCUCCUACUCCUGUCGCGUCCACCACUGCUCCCCUCGUGGCCAGCGGCGCCAACAAGGCCAUGGCCGUCUCCGGCGGUUCCCUGGCCGGUCUGCUCUGCCUUGCUGCUUACCUUUUGUAA